AUGCAUUCCGCAAGCAAAGUUCUUCGUGUCGGAUUCUCACGUUUCCCGCGAGUUCUUUCUGUCGCGAUGAAAUCCACCAACGUUUCUUCUAACGUUUGCUCCGAGACUGGCAUUGGGACGCUAAUGAUGAGUAGAGCUCCCGUGAACGGCCUCAACUACGACUUCUUAAAAGAUUUCCGCGAAGAAUUGGAGAAGCUUGAUCAGGACAAAGCUUGCAAGGCUGUGAUUAUAACUUCAUCGGUCAAGAAUAUUUUUUCAGCUGGCCUAGAUAUCAUGGAGAUGGUUAAACCAGAGCCAAAGCGCUUGAGGGAUUUCUGGCUGUCCUUGCAGGAUAUGUGGAAUGUGCUGUAUACUUACAGAUUGCCGACUGUCGCUCUCAUCAAUGGACACUCCCCUGCAGGAGGUUGUUUGAUAGCUUCGGGGUGCGACUACCGUGUAAUGCUGGAUAAAACUUAUACGAUUGGCUUGAACGAAACGAAACUGGGAAUUGUUGCUCCUUUUUGGUCCGAAGCAUCGUAUCAUUUCCAACCCGCUAGCAUUCCGAGGUUCAUGGAUGCAUUCGUUGCAUUAGUUGGAACGCGACAAGCCGAUCUUCACUUGCAACUCGGCACGCUUUUCACGCCACAAGAAGCUUUGAAAAAUGGCCUAGUCGACGAGCUGGCGUCAAGUGAAGAAGAGGCAAGAGAAAAAAGUGUGGCAGCUAUUAGCAAAUUCCUCGCUGUGCCAGGAUUCCCGAGAUACAUGACCAAAACGAGUGUGCGCUCCCAAAUUACUGCCAGAUUUGUCGACGGUCGCGAUAACGACCUCGAGACAUUUCUCAACUUCGUGCAAAUGCCGGCUACGCAGAAAACAAUGAUCAAAUACGUCGAAGCGCUCAAAGCCAAAAAACCCAAGCUUUAA